CGUACCCUUAGGUUUUUAAUUAUUUAGUGUAAAAUUCCAUUAGUUGACAUUGCAAAUGUAAAUAUAUACAUAAAUGAUCAUACAUUUUAUUGUGGUUAGGAUUUUUUACUUUUGGAAUGUAAUUUACAAGUUUAAAAUAGUCUGAAAUCGUGUUUACAUCUGCAAUGGCUGCAAUGUAAAUUUGGAUGAAAAUCGUAAAUCGUGCUUUUGCCUCCAAAUUUCAUAACCUCUUCUAUCAGGUUUGUAAAGAAUAUAAAAAAAAGUUUUUUUGUUUUUGUGCCCGGAAUUGUGACACAAAGAGCAGAAAUCGAGCACAAUUCAGCACAAUAUUUGUUUUUGAAAAUUUUAACUUUGCUGAGUCUAACUUCCUGAACAUAUUAUUUUGAAGGAAGAAAAGAAUAGAAAUCGGCUUUUUUUUAAAAAAAGGAUUCAAAAAUGGAAAAAUCAAAGUCUGCAAAAAAAGCUCGUACUCUAAGCUUGAUGGAUAAAAUAAAAGAAGAACGAGAAAACACGGCCGCAUCAGUUCUAGAAUUUAAGUUUAAUAAAAAAAGAAUAAGAAUUUUAACAAAGCUAGAUGAGGUGGCAGAGAAUUGUAAUGGAGUCGUUUAUUGGAUGUUUCGAGAUGCCAGAGUGCAGGAUAACUGGGCAUUUCUGUUUGCACAAAAAAUAGCUUUAAAAAAUCAAGUGCCUCUUCAUGUCUGUUUUUGCAUUCUACCAAAGUUUUUAGAUGCAACCAUUCGACAUUAUAAAUUUCUUCUAAAAAAUUUACAAGAGGUUGAAGAAGAGUGCAAAUCUUUAAAUAUUAAUUUUAGCCUCUUACACGGCGAACCUAAUUCAGCAAUUUUGGACUUUGUUUUAAAGUAUAAAAUGGGAGCAGUCAUUACUGACUUCUUCCCCUUAAGGUUACCGAUGUUUUGGGUCGAUGAUUUGAAAAAGAAACUUCCCGAAGAUGUACCUUUUUGUCAGGUCGACGCACAUAAUAUAGUUCCUUGCUGGGUUACUUCAGAUAAGCAAGAAUAUGCAGCGCGUACAAUUCGUAAUAAAAUAAAUUCAAAGUUAGAAGAGUUCUUAACUCCUUUCCCGCCUGUUAUAAAGCAUCCGUAUUCAAGUAAACAACAGUUAAAAGACAACGAUUGGAAAACAGCUUUAAAAGAUGUUAAAAUUGAUAAAACUGUAGAUGAAAUAUUAUGGGCGACGCCAGGAUACGAGGGAGGCAUUUUGGAACUUGAAUCAUUUUUCAAAAAUCGUUUAAAAACUUACUCUUCUAAACGAAAUGAUCCAGUGGCUGAUGCUGUUAGCAAUUUAUCACCGUGGUUUCAUUUUGGAAUGAUAUCCGUUCAAAGAUGUAUACUGGAAGUGCAGAAGUAUAAGAAAGAGUACAAACCAUCAGUAGAAGCAUUUAUGGAGGAAGCUAUUAUCAGAAGAGAGUUAUCAGAUAAUUUUUGUUUUUACAAUGAAAAUUAUGAUUCCAUGAAGGGAGCUUAUCAGUGGGCGAUAGACACUCUCGAAGCUCAUAGAAAAGAUAAACGUGAAUACUUGUACGACUUAAAAGAGUUAGAACAUUCUCAGACUCAUGACGAUUUAUGGAAUGCAGCUCAAAAUCAGUUAGUGCAAGAAGGAAAAAUGCAUGGAUUUUUAAGAAUGUAUUGGGCUAAGAAAAUUCUUGAAUGGACUGGAACACCAGAAGAUGCCUUAAAAUGGUCCAUUUAUUUAAAUGAUAAAUACAGCAUGGAUGGUCGCGAUCCCAAUGGAUAUGUUGGUUGCAUGUGGUCAAUAUGUGGAAUUCAUGAUCAGGGCUGGAAGGAAAGGCCAAUUUUUGGAAAGAUACGAUACAUGAACUAUCAAGGCUGUCAGAGAAAAUUCGAUGUAGCUCAGUUCGUGUCUAAAUGGGGAGGUAAAGUGGUCCACAGUACAAAGAAAAAGGGCAAAAAAUGAAUUAAAUAUAUUCUAUAUACAGUAUUUUUUUUCGUACAGUAUUACUUUUUAGUUAUUUAUCUUAUGUUAUGUUAUAUUUAAUAUUUUCUUCGUUCAACGUCCUGAGAAAUAUGUACACUAAAAAAUAUACACAAUAUACACAGUA